AUGAUAUUUCAACUUGAAAUUAUCUUACUCUUAAAUGGAAUACAUGCAGAUACUGAACACGAUAAAACAGAAGAGAAGAGUGACGUACUAGCAAUGGCAUUCGCAGACAAAGAACGUGAAGUAGAGAAGCUCAACCAAAUGACGUAUGACAAACUCAAUGAAAUAUCAAAAACGAAUUACUAUUCCAAGGUUAAAAUGAUGUUUUAUGAGAAGUGUCCAAAAAUAACAGAAGGAUGUAAAGCAACUGCUUGUGAAGUUCCAACAAUCAAAUACGGAGAUGAGGAUGGCGUAGUUGAUCUACUAAGUGUUGUAGAAUCAUAUUCACCAAGCAUAAAGCACUCCAAUUUGGUCUGGGCUGACAUCUACAAGGCAAUGGAGAAUGAGGCAAUGAUCAAAGUUGUCAGUGGUCUUCAUUUCUCUGUAACAACACACAUCGCAGCAUUUCAUACGCCAUUCUUUGGAUUCUUCUUGAGCAAUCCCAAAAAGUUCAAAAAUAGGUAUGCAAAGGAAUUCAAGGAAAACUUUCUAAAUCUGUGGCUAUUUGUCAGAGCAGCUGUUGCAAAUCUCAAGAACAUAAACACAGAAGCAAAUGAAGAUGCAUUGACACUCUCCAGAAUGAUUGAUGUACCAGAAAUGCCAAAAAUUGACAUAUCAGCCAAUAAGCAAAUUACAAGGGCGAUUGAAUGCAUUGCAUGUCUAAAUUGCCAGAAAUGCAUUUUGUGGGGCACAAUUCAAACACGAGGACUGAAAGCAGCCGUAAAGGCAGUAAACAGCAAGAAAUUGUACAAAAGUGACGUCAUAUUCCUCAUCAACGUAUUCAGGAGACUGAGUGAAACAAUGAGACAGUCCAGAAAGAUGUAUGACGUAAGAUAUCCGUCGAUGUAUCUGAUACUCGUUUAUUACAAGCAGAUGCUACCUCUGAUUGCAGUAUUGCUUUUCAUAGCCUAUAGGCUGGCAGUCUACAAGAAAAACAAGAAGGUUAAAUACGAAUGA